AUGGCUGAUUGCAUUCUUCCGUCCGAUAUUGUAUUCACUGACCCCUUUCAUUUCUUCUUCUUCUUCUUCUUCUUCUUCUUCUUCUUCUUCUUCUUCUUCUUCAUAAAUUAUUUGCUUCUCAAACCCCCUCUUUCUUUCAAUUUAUCCGUCUUCUGUUCCAAUCUUACUCUCUCUUUGUCCCAUGAUGAAACCUCUUCCUCUGUCCUACUACAUUUUCCCUCACCCUCUCUAUUUCCCUCUAGUCUUCCUGUUAAUCAGACUUCCGCCAUAUACCGCUUUCCUUCUCUUCUCUUCCUGUCUCUUUUCGCGGCCUCCCUCUCUCAAUCUUUGUCUCUCUCUACCUAUCUCUAUCUCUCUCACUCUCUCUCUUACUCUAUCUCUCUCCCCCUCCUUCUCUCUCACUCCCUAUGUCUCUCUCACUCACACUCUCUAUCUCUUUCACUCUCUAUCUUCUUCCUGUUCUUAACCAGACUUCUUUUUUACAUCCACUUCCUUCUCUUCUUUUCCACUCUCUCUUUUUUGCUCCCCUCUUUCUCUCUUUCUCUCUCUCUGUUUCUCUCUAUCUGUCUGUCUGUCUGUAUCUCUCUCUCUCUCUUUUACUCCAAUAUUCACCUUUAUAUUUUUCUGUUUUUCUUUACAUCUCUCGAUAGUCUGUCCAUUUUCUUUCUUUCUUUCUUUCUAUCUAUCUAUCUAUCUAUCUAUCUAUCUAUCUAUCUAUCUAUCCCAGGCUCUUCAUUAUCUAUCUAUCUAUCUAUCUAUCUAUCUAUCUAUCUAUCUCACUAUUUUUAUUCCAUAAAUAGUAGAAAUAAAUUUGAAAAUUGGUUCAAUGAUUUUUUUUUCUCUCUCUCUCUCUCUCUUUAUCUCUCUCUCUCAUCUUGCUACUCGCCCUUCUCUUUUCUUCUUCUCUUUCUUUCCUUGAUUGUCAUUUAUUUGCAAAAAAAAAAGAAUCGAAUUGAUCAUUAUAACGAUGCCAACCGGAAGACUGGUUGUGUUUUUUUUCCCGCGGAUGUUGUCUUCGUUUCUCUCAAUGGAGGCGAUGUGACGCGAAUAUUAAGUCAUUUGAGAGAAUAA